UCUACCUAUCUUUCGCACCUCUUCACUUCAUAGCAUUUCCCUCAUCUGUUGAAAACCUCACAUCUUUUCUUCUCCCGUAAAGUUGUUAAAGUAUAAAACAUCUCUUCUCCGAUCCUCAUGUCUCUUCCGCAAAACCCCUUCGCUUCAUCAACAAUACCAUCCAUGAAGAAAUCACCAUCAUCAUCAUCGUUAGAGAAAAGAGACAAUCUGAAUGUAGACCGAAUCAGCAACCUUACAGACGAUGUGUUGCUCAAAAUACUAAAUAGCAUGCCCACGGAAAAAGCUGUCCAGACAAGUUUGUUGUCAAAACGUUGGGAAGGUGUUUGGAAAAAAAUGUCAUGUCUCUUCUUCGAUAUGAGAAAUAAUCUCAAGGUGGGGGUGCCUCUAUACGAACAAUCCAAUUCCAUUGCCCAGUUGAUAACCAAGGUUAUAAACAACCACAGUGGCAAUCUCGAGCACUGCAAAAUCCUGCAUAUGACACCCCAAACUCAAGAUGGUACGUUAGCAACUUGGAUCCAAUCAUUGAUCCAUGUGAAACACACUACAAAUCUCGGACUUGAGAGAUUUCGUGUUUAUCGUGGUGAGAAAGCUUGUGUGCUCCACUUACCCCCAAACAUAUUUUCACAUCCAAGGCUAACAUCACUCCUCCUGGCUCGAUACAAAUUCGAGUUUGCACAUGCCUUUAACAAUUGCAGUAACCUCAUGACUCUUAAACUUUAUAAAAUCAAAGUUGCAGUUGAUGUGCUCAACACAGUCAUUGCAUCGUGCCCCUCCCUCAAGAUGCUGGUACUAGAAAUCUUAUCGUGCAGCCAAACUGGAUGGUUAAAGAUUCAUAACGACAACUUAAAGUUUGUGCAUCUGAAUUGCCCUGAAAUUGAUAACAUUGAAGUGUCUGCGGCUCUUCUGGACAUAUUCUCUGUUCAUGAUAUUGAACUUGGGAGAGCGAGUAAUAUUGUUCUUGAUGCCCCAAGAUUACUCCAGUUUGGUAGAAGAAUGUGGAAGGUACAUCAGAGUUUGCCUCACAUAGUCUACAAUAUCUCAUGCGACACUCAGGGGAAUGAAAACAUUGGGCAUGAAUUUGUGACGAACAUAGAAAAUUACUUCCUGGUUGUGUUUGCAACUAUGGCGGUGAAUGUGGAUAUGGUGAAUCCAAAAGAAGUUUACAUGCUAAAGCAAGUUUUAGAUGCAUGGGCUAGAGAUUUGCAAAUGCUCGAGAUCUUCUUUAAGGAUAACGAUAUUGACAAGAAAGAAGGUGAAUCUUCUAUUGAUGGAAAACAAAAUAAGUGGGGGAAUUGGUUUCUCGAUGUUGAUUUCCGUGUGAGGAGUGUGUGUUUGUAUAACUUCAAUGGUUUGGAUGAGGAUGAAUUUGCUUUAGCUGCAAGUUUCGUGAUACAAGGGAAGAUGAUGGAAAAUUUGAUGAUCGAGACGUCUUCGCUUCCAGCAAACAAAAAGUUGGCAGUGGAUACUGCAGUGGCAAAAUUGAUGGAACUUCCAAAAGGUAACAACGUGCUUAUUAUUGAAUGCAUUUGA